AUGAUAUUGAAAUCAUUCAUUGGGCUCAUCGCCUUUGCCGAACCGUUAUUAGUGGCCGCUACUGGCUCUAAUUCAUCCGUUCCCACGGCCAAGACUCUGAAUGGAACAUAUACCGGCGCCAGUCUGACAGGCUGGGAUCAAGACACAUUUCUCGGCAUUCCUUUCGCUCAGCCGCCGGUUGGCCCUUUAAGAUUCAAACUGCCGCAAAGUUAUAAUGAAUCCUUCGAUGAGAACCGUAAUGCUACGCAAUAUGGAUACAGCUGCAUGCAAUAUGGCCAAAAGUUUCAGCUUUCCGAGGACUGUCUUACGAUCAAUGUGGUUAGACCAUCCAGGACACCAAAGGGUCCCUUACCAGUUCUAGUUUGGAUAUACGGAGGCGGGCUGUAUACUGGGAGCACAGCUGAUCCCCAGUACAACCUGUCCGGUAUUGUCAAGGUCAGCCAGGACAUGGGCCAGCCUAUUGUAGCGGUUAGCUUCAACUACCGUGUUGGCAUUUGGGGCUUCCUUCAGAGUUUCGACCUUCUGACCGAGGGCUCGAGCAACGCUGGUCUGCAUGACCAAAGGCUUGCGCUUCGAUGGAUACAAGAGAACAUUGCGGCAUUUGGCGGUGACCCUGAGCAAGUCGUCGUAUGGGGUGAGAGUGCUGGCGCCCAGAGCAUCGCAUAUCAAAUGUUUAGUUACGAUGGUCGGGACGACAAGCUAUUCCGUGGUGCUAUCCUUGAGAGUGGAGGAGUGACGGGUGCACAGAUUCAUGAUCUGAGCUACUAUAAUACUCCAUACGAAAAUUUCACCCGGAGUGCAGGAUGCUGGACAGCCUCGGAUAAGUUAGCCUGCUUGAGAGCCUUGGACCAAGACACAAUCUACAAAGCUCAGCAGUCCUUGACGUGGAACCCAAUCAUCGACGGCUACUUUCUCACCGGCUACCCAAGCCAACUGAUGAGAGAGGACAAGUUCAACCCAGUUCCCAUGAUCAUUGGCGCCAACACAGACGAAAGCUUUAUCAUGAACAAGCCUAACACAGAUGAAGAGCUCUUUCGCGAAGCAUUUCGGUGGAGAAAUUAUGCUCUCAGUGCACCAACAAUGCGAAAGCUGAUGGAACUGUACCCCAACGACCCAUGUUACGCGCCGCCCUACCACAUCACCAAUUGCACAGUUUUGGCAAGCAGAGGCUUACAAGGACGCCGAGCAGCCGCAAUCGGUUCGGACAUCACCAUGAUCAGCGGGCGCCGAAAGAUGGCAGAGCUGUUUACAUCUGCUGGAAAGGACGUGUUCAGCUACCGCUUCGACCAGCUGGCGUAUGGAUACAACGAGUGGGAUGGAGUGAAGCACUUUGCAAACGUCGCAUUCAGCUUCCAGAAUAUAUCGGGCAAUAUUGGUCCCAGCCCCCAGUACGAUACCCAUCUUGACCUGGCUCGGGUGAUUGGCCAGGCAUACGUCAGGUUUGUAUACGACCUCAACCCGAACCCGUCGGAUAAAUAUCACAACCAGGAGAAUCUGUUGCCCGAAUGGCCUGUAUAUGACAAUGAUGAGCCGAAGAACAUGGUGUUGAACGCAACUGAAAAUAGGGUCGAAGAUGAUACAUGGAGAAAGGAGGGGAUUGCUUAUAUAAACAGCUACGAAGUCGCAAGAGAGCUAUAUGCUUAA